CGGGAGCAGCGCCGACGUCGAGAGCUGCCGCCGCCGCCGCAGCCGCUAGCCAGGCAUGGCCAUGGCGUCCCCGGCCAUCGGGCAGCGCCCGUACCGGCUACUCUUGGACCCAGAACCGCCGCGCUAUCUACAGAGCCUGAGCGGCCCCAAGCCGCCGCCGCCGCCACCGCCGCCCCCGGGCCGGUCCUCGCGCCGCUGCGCCCCCGCGCCCCUCUCCACUGCGCCCGGGGCGCACGAGGGACGCGGUGCCAGAAGGGCUGCCCGGGGGGACUUGGAGCCACAGCCUCGGGCUUCCCGACCCGCUCGCGCGCUCCGGCCUGGUCUGCAGCAGAGACUGCGGCGGCGGCCUGGAGCGCCCCGGCCCCGAGACGUGCGGAGCAUCUUCGAGCAGCCGCAGGAUCCCCGCGUCCCGGCGGAGCGAGGCGAGGGGCACUGCUUCACCGAACUGGAGCUGCGGAGCGGCUGGGGCUGGUGUGACCUGUGCGGACGAGAGGUGCUGCGUCAGGCGCUGCGCUGCGCUAACUGUAAAUUCACCUGCCACCCGGAGUGCCGCAGCCUGAUCCAGCUGGACUGCAGUCAGCAGGGAGGCCCCUCCCGGGACAGACCCUCUCCAGAAAGCACCCUCACUUCGACCUUCAGCCAGAAUGACUGUAAACCCGCAGAGGAGCCGCGGUGCCCGCCCACGCUGCAGGAGAUCAAGCAGAAGAUCGACAGCUACAACACCCGGGAAAAGAACUGCCUGGGCAUGAAGCUGAGUGAAGACGGCACCUACACGGGUUUCAUCAAAGUGCAUUUGAAACUUCGGCGGCCGGUGACGGUGCCUGCUGGGAUCCGGCCGCCGUCCAUCUAUGACGCCAUCAAGGAAGUGGACCUGGCAGCCACCACGGACAAGCGGACAUCCUUCUACCUGCCGCUGGAUGCCAUCAAGCAGCUGCACAUCAGCAGCACCACCACGGUCAGUGAGGUCAUCCAGGGGCUGCUCAAGAAGUUCAUGGUCGUGGACAAUCCCCAGAAGUUUGCACUUUUUAAGCGGAUACACAAGGACGGGCAAGUGCUCUUCCAGAAACUCUCCGUUGCUGACUGCCCCCUCUACCUGCGCUUACUCGCUGGGCCUGACACGGAUGUGCUCAGCUUCGUGCUAAAGGAGAACGAAACUGGAGAGGUGGAGUGGGACGCCUUCUCCAUCCCCGAGCUCCAGAACUUCCUAACAAUCCUGGAAAAAGAGGAGCAGGACAAAAUCCAACAAGUGCAGAAGAAGUAUGACAAGUUUAGGCAGAAACUGGAGGAGGCCUUAAGAGAAUCCCAGGGCAAACCUGCCUAGCCGGUCCUGCUUCCUCUCCUCCCGAUGCCCACGGAUUUAUUUUUAUUAUUAAUUAUUAUUUUGCCACAGACACUUUUUCUCAGGACACCUCUGUUGGGUGCAUCUGUGCCCGCCCAGCAGUUCCAGACGUGGCACAAAAUCUCUGAUGGACACGUGUGUGCGCGGAGUUGGGGCCUGCCCGCCGUCACGCUGCGCCCUCUGCACGCUGCCCAGGAGCAGCGCUCGCUCGUGUGAAAGAUCCGCCACGUCCUCUCACCAUCGGCAAGCCUUUCACAAACCAAAUAGUUGCCUCUCUCCACACCAGCCGGCAAAGGAAAGAAAAAAGAUUUUAGAGAUAUAUGUUCUUUCUCUGCCUUUUAUUCUUUUUCAAUUUCUUUCUUAUUUGCCAUCCACGGUUCCCUUAUUUAUGAGUCCAAAAAUUGUAGCAUAUUCCUUUAGCAGGUCUGAGCUAAGCCCCUGAAAGCACAACAGUGCUCAUAAAAGGACUGUCCCCCACUUUCCCCAGAUGCCCGUUGUUCAGGCUUAAGGGACGGUCAUAAAGCCACUGGCUCGGGUCAGGAGCACUGAAGCUGAGAUUGCCUGAGAAAUUUCCAGAGAAGCUGCAGCCGGCCCUGGCCCUGAUGGCCCAAAAGUCUGUGCACAUGUGAACCCAAAGGCAUAUAUAUCUGUGUAUGUGUGGUCUUCAGCCACAUCUUUGUCAACAACUCUUUGUUUUUGAGUUACAGUUUUGAAUUUAAUAUUGCCAUCAUCCUCAUGUGUUUCCACCAAAGGGAAGCCCCCCAUUUACCAUUUUAAAGUCUCCUGCUGAGUAUGGAAAUUGGGCAGUCAAAGCCAAAACAUGGUGCAGAUAAACGUGUCCGAGCUGUCUUCAGCCUUCCCCGGGCUAGAGAGCAGGGGAGGCCUGGCUGCCUUGGUUUCCCUUUGGCCCCCAGCACUGCCUUUCUCCUCCCACUGGGACUCUGGGAUCUCCAGGUACCGCCAGAGGAGCUGCCUUGAGUACAGAGCGGGGAACCUCCAACUCAGCCAACUUGGAGACCUUUAUGUUGGAAGAAUGGCCAGCCGUGGGGCUGGCCUCCCGCUGACCUCAGUGCCUUUUUGUUUUCAAAGAGGGACAGGAGCAGGGGCAUUUGCUUGAGGCUCUGCUGCUGGCUCGCUCCUACCAGGAAGUGGACCACGGCGGUGUGGGAGACAAGGCCAGGAGACUCUUCCCUCCAAGUAUGGGACGAGGGUCGCAGACCUCCUUCCCGUCUAAGGUCCUGGGCUCUGACUUCUGAGAAGUGAGGUCAAACUGCCUGGACAGGACGGAUCUGAUUCCCAGCUCUACAUGUGUACUGGCUCCUUGCUUAGGUUCAAACUUAAAACCAGCCAAACAGUUCAAGCCAGGAGCCAGGACUACAGAGACACUCCUGCACAGAGGGAGAAGGACUCUGCACUUUCAAAGUGGGGCCAGUUUUCCAGUGCAGCCUCUGAGAGACCAUUUCUUCGUCAGCCUCUGAGAGACCAUUUCUUCGUCGUCCUCUGCCUUCCCAAGUCCCUGUUGGGUUGGUUUGAGCCCACGCUUCUUUGUGUAGCCUCAGAAGUUCCCUCCCUCCCUGACCCUCGCUGAGUCCACAUCGCCCCUGAUCACAGAAGGAAUGCAGACCCCUCAUCAUGCAAACUACUUAGUCUUCAGAGCUGCAAAAACAGGACAAGUUAAGCAGCUCAAAAAAGAUUUUUUACAUCAUAAAAACCCUAGUUAUCUGCCAUCUCCUGCUCAGCCUUAUCGUCCCCCCCCCCCCCCCCCCGCUUAAAAAAAUCUCCCUGCUGUAUGUCGACAGGGGUGGGUGCAGAGUCCUCUUUUCUUCAAGCUGCAUGUCUGUAACAUGAAUAGAAGGCAUGGCUCCUGUGCAACCGCUGUGAAUGCUGCUGAGAACCUCCCUCUGAUGGGGUGGCUAUUUUAUUUUUGAGAAGGAAAAGAAGUCAUGUACAUAUAUACAUAAAGGCAUAUAGCUAUAUAUAAAGAGAUAGUGGUGUUUAUGAAAUAAGGAAACUAUGGGAAAAUUCAGACUUUCUCUAAAGCACAGUUAGACCAGGACCCAGGCUGAGGCCCUACCUCCGAAACAGUAGUGUGUAGGGAGUGUCCCUUCCCUCCCAGGGUGGGCAUGACUGCUGGAGUGCCUUCUACUGUUGUGUUGCCCAGUGCGUAAAGUGUUUGUUUUGGGGACAUUUUCUUUUUAAAUGUCUUUCUUAUAUGGGUUUUAAAGAAAGUAAUAAAAGCUUGUUGCAAAAAUCAUUCA